GCCAGCCUCACAUCUUCGCGACCGCGCGGUGCCUUCCGGAUUCGUGGCAUGGAGAUGAAGACCUUCUACAUCAGCUGGGAGGAAGAUGGCCUCAAGAGUUUUGAGUUGUCCGUCCCUAGCGCUGCGCCAGCGUCCGACCUGAGCUGCUGUGUGAGGGAUCGGCUUGGUCUGAAAGCCACAGAUCCCUUCUACACAACUUGGGAAAAGGGAGACCAUGUGGCAGCUGUGCCGCUAUCUGCCAGCCUGCCAGACAGCAGUUCGGGAGGAUGCGUCCCAUCUGCGCUUGGUGCUACCUUUGGGCCGGUCGAGGGAAGAGAGGCCUCCUGCUUUCCCUCGGGAAGCAGACCGUCCGGAGCCUCCUUCCGCUCAACGGCAACGGGAGCGUCCCGCGGUGCUGCUGGACCCAUCGGAGCCGCCAGGCGACGCCGCGGCGGAUCCCAAGGCGCUGGCCACAGACCUGGCCAACGAGCGCACGCUGCUGGCCUGGCUGCGCACGGGGCUGGCGGCCAUUCGGACAGUCUUUUCCUUUGCCACUCUAUCAGGUCUCACAGCAGGUGAACUUGCCGUGGAUGUUGGCGUGACUCUGGUGCUGUCCUUUUCGGGCUUAGCCACUCUCUUAUUAGGUUGGAAGCGCUUCUUGGCUGUCCGCAACGGCUGCCCAGGACGACGUAUCGCCAUUGGGCCACUGUAUUCGGCUUUCUUGGUUGUUGCUGCUAUCUGCUUGCUGGGUUCUCUCUGGCGCCAGCCAAAACGGCUGAAUCACCCGCCCAUGCCUUUGCCAGGGGUGGAAGAAAGUCUCAUCACCUGGAGUAUUCAGUGAGAGCUUGCCAUCCACAAGGGAUCAGGACCGUGUUGGUGGAAGAACCAGCUGAAAGAUCUGAUAUUUCAGGUGGAUUUAAAAGAAUCCACGUUCGAUUUGGAAGGAUUCACGUUUGAGCCCAAGUUUGGGAGCCGAGAAAAAA